CUGCUCCAGCAGUGCGUCAUUCAGACCCGGAGCGACCGUGAGCCCAAAAAUAAAACAGUAAUUUUUAUAAAAAAAAAAAAAAAAAAACACAGUUUGCUACUUUCGGUUAACCUAUUUAGGACGCCCAUAGAAGAUUUAUCUUUUUUUUUUACCACGAGUAUCACCAUAACUUACUGGGAUUGCAUUAUACUUUUUUUAUACUGAAUUCAGAGUGAAAGCCGUCUGUCGACAUUUCUGGGUCGCUGUCAUCAUACGGAUGUAGGAUAAUAUCGUGUCAGGAUACAUUGGCGUGAGUUUUGGAGAGCGUUUCUCAGACUGGACGGGGAAUCUCAAAGGUGCAUCCAUAACCAGCUCGUCAAUAUGAAAUCUGCCGAAGAAGACGCAUACGGCUACCCUGCCAGUGGCAGCCUAUCGCUCCCGGUCAGCAACCCGUACCUGUCCCCACAGUACCACAGUCCUCAAGGUGGUCCAGUUCUGUCUGUGGCCAUCACACCUCCGUCCAGCUACGGGCACCAGGAGGACAAAGUGUCCCUGGGGUUCUACACAUCCGCCGGUAUGCGUCCCAAUAGCACCCCGGCACUGGAGAGCCCGCGGAUCGAGAUAACGCCUUAUAGCCAGUUCUCUGAGGAAGAGGAGGAAGGCGGAAGUGGCGGUGGCACGCCGGCGGGCAACAGGAUCAUCUCCGUGGCAACGCUGACGCUCCCCAACGCCGACGGCUACCGCGACCCAAGCUGCCUGAGCCCGGCAAGCAGCGUGUCGUCGCGGAGCUGCCACUCGGAGGCGUCGUCAUACGAGUCGGGCCUGUCGUGCACCUACGACAUGUCGCCGCAGAACUCGCCCUGGCAGUCGCCCUGCGUCUCCCCGAAGGGGGGCGGCUCGUCGUCGAUGCACUCCUGUACGCUGGCUGCGUCGCCCCAGCCCUCGCCCUCCGGCUCGCCCCGCACCUCCAGCCUCGGCGACGACGCCUGGGGCACCUCCCGUCCGGCCUCCUCCCCACAGCCUAGCUCCCCCUGUGGCAGUAAGCGGAAGUACAGCUUUGGCGGCGGUGGUGGUGGAGGAGGAGGAGGUGGUGGUGUUGGUGGUGGGGGUGGCGGUGGGGGGGCCUACAAGUACCCGUACUCCCCCAACCAGUCGCCCAACCCUUCCCCCCACACCUCCCCGCGUCUCAGCGUGGCCGAAGAGACGUGGCUGAGCAACACCAACCAGUACACCAACUCGGCCAUCGUGGCGGCCAUCAACGCCCUCUCCACGGACGGGGCGAGCGACCUCGGGGAGAGCCUCCCGCUGAAGACCCGCCGGACUGGCCUGGACCCCUGUCCGUCCCUCAGCAUGAAGGUGGAACCGAGGGGAGAUGAGCUAGUGUCAGGAGAGUACAGCACGAGCGACUACGGCUCCCCCUCUCACAUGCCCUUCAAGAAGGAGGGCUACAGCGGAGGCUUCCUGGACGUACCCCAGCACACCUACUCAUGGUCAAAGCCAAAGACAUAUAUUAGCCCGUCUUUGCCCGCUCUUGACUGGCAGCUGCCAUCCAGCUCCGGCCCCUACAGCCUUCAAAUUGACGUGCAGCCCAAGUCUCACCACCGCGCCCACUACGAGACCGAGGGCAGCAGAGGGGCAGUGAAGGCACUCGCAGGAGGCCAUCCAGUUGUGCAGCUGCAUGGCUACAUGGAAAGCGAGCCGCUGACCCUCCAGCUGUUUAUUGGGACUGCGGACGACCGGAUGCUGCGGCCGCAUGCUUUCUAUCAGGUCCACCGCAUCACGGGCAAGACUGUGUCAACACCCAGCCAUGAGGUGCUGCAGAACAGCACCAAGCUGCUGGAGAUACCUCUGCUUCCAGAGAGCAACAUGAAGGCUAUAAUCGACUGUGCUGGCAUUCUCAAGCUGCGCAACUCGGACAUCGAGCUUCGGAAGGGCGAGACGGACAUCGGGCGAAAGAACACCCGCGUGAGGAUGGUGUUCCGAGUGCACAUUAGCCAGCCUAAUGGAAGGACCAUCUCCCUGCAGGCCGCCUCCAACCCCAUCGAGUGCUCCCAGCGGUCAGCGCAGGAGCUUCCCUUGGUGGACAAGCAGAGCUUGGACAGCUGUGUGGUCCCAGGGGGGGAGAAGAUGCUCCUGACCGGACACAACUUCCAGCCCGACUCCAAGGUUGUGUUUGUGGAGAACGCCCAAGAUGGCAAUCAUAUAUGGGAGAUGGAAGCCAAAGUUGACAAGGAAGCCUCCAAAUCGACAAGCUUGUUGGUAGAAGUACCUACUUAUAGGAACCAGAAUAUUGCCAGCCCGGUGUCUGUGAGCUUCUAUGUGUGCAACGGCAAACGCAGGAGGAGUCAGUGCCAGCGCUUCACCUAUCUGCCACCCAAAGUUCCAACUAUAAAAACAGAGCCGCAUGAUGACUAUGAGCUCCCUCAGCUGUGUACCCAGCAUGCACCUGGCUUCCCUUUGCAUUCGAAGCCUUACUACUCCCCGCAGGUGCUGACCGCCGCGAUGCCUGUUGACCCGAGGCCCGGCACGGCAGGGCCAUUUGGCGUUGCCGGCCCCCAGCGUCUCGGAGGAAAGCAGUCCUCGUUGUCCUCCCCCGUCUCCAGCUCGUCCCUCAGUGGCAGCCCCAAGCUCCACGACCUGUCGCCCACGCACUUCCCCAAAGGGCUGCUGCUCGGCUCCCCCCAGCCGCCCGCAGGACCCACACCUCCGCCGGCCACGGCCUCCGCCGCACAAGUGUCGGCCAUCCAGGCGACGGCCGCCGCCUGCUACCAGCAGUCCGCUCUCUUCCACCCGCGGGUGGUCUCCGCGCCACACCUCUCCCCCGCUGUCAUUGCCUCAACGCCAGAGCGCCCCUUCAGCAGCCUGUCCCCGUCCCACGCCCCCGCACACGAGGUGCCUGCCUCUGUCUCCCCACAGCCACCCAAGGGGUCGCCCAGGAGAAGCCCGUCCACCUUCCUGCCCCAACAGGGGAGCCCCUCCACACUGGCCGUCAGCAUCAAGCAGGAGCCUCAGGAGCUCGACCAGAUGUACCUGGAUGAUGUCAAUGAAAUCAUUCGGAAUGAUCUAUCGAGUAUCACUGUCCACAGCCAUGCAUAGUUUUGGAGAGGCAUCAAAGGACACAGGGGCUAACAUGGACCCAGAUGAACUUGAAAGAAAAUUCCAUACUCAUCAACCUGCCCUGCAUUGCUACCCAAGCACAAACAAGUCCAAAUGGAGCCUUUACAACCAAAUUCAGACCUCCUAUACAAGAAAAAUUAAGCAAUACUGGAAAUUAUUGCCUAAAAGGACAACUGGACCAAGAACUGACUUUUAUUUGUUUCUUUUCUAUCUUUUCUGUCAUCGCAGAAUUUAAAUUAUUAUCAAUCCUAAAUGUUUUUUAUGGCUGAAUGUAUGAUCAAUCAUCCAAAAAAAUUAUUUCUGAAAAAAGCUGAAGUGCUUUUAAAAGAUGCCCAUUAGAGCACCCAUUCAGGCAGGAGAAACAAGAUAUAAUUGACUUGUGGAAACAACUCACCUUGAUGAUAUAAUGGCCAUAAUCUCAGCAAUAUUUUGGCAGAAGCUUUUGCUAGAGAUCUUUGUGAUAUUGCCAUUCCAUCAUUAAUGUUUAUGUUUGAACUUUUUUCCUCUAGAUAUUCAUACACAGCUGAAGAAUAAACUGGAUUUUUUUCCCUUUUCUACUUUUUUUGGAAAUUUCACAUUUACUUAAAAUGUAACUUCUUUUGAGGUAUUAAUUUAUUAUUUCAUUUAAUCUUUUUCUUAUUAAGGAAGAAACUGACAAAGUGUUAUGAGAUCCAUUUGCAGGUGCCCUUGACCUGCUAAUUUCUUAUGUACCAGCAGAGGAUGAUGUUGGGAGAUGUUGAGAUUGCAAUGACAUGGCUACUAGUAAGAGUAGUGUUAGAAAUGUUUAGUAAGUAACUGGAAUUGUCAAGUGUGAUAUACAUUCACAGCACAUGUUUGAGACACAUUGAAGAAAUCUGUAGAUCCACAAGUGUCUUUUUAAACAUUUGAAUGUUUUCAGUGAAAAUGUUCUACCAAUAACAUCAAAACAAUUUUUUUUUAAACAUUUCAUCAAUUGUGCCUUAACUUCUGGGCCUCGGACCAGAACCAUUGAUCGUGACUCUUAAGUGUGUAUAUCGCAAUAUGUAUCUAAAAGGGAACGCUUGCUUGAACUAUACAGGAGGGCACAGGCCACACAAUAUGGUGCACUGCAUAACAUGAGAGAGGGAAGACAUAGUUGUGGUGGUUGUCACUGAGCGUCCUCUUGUGACUUGCACUGGUAGUGCAAAAAAAUCAGAAGGCUUAUGACUGGAAGUAAUGUCUCAGACAUGACUAACGCAUGCUUUAGCUCUUAUUUGUAGUCGAAUUCUUUCUUUUCUAAGACUGAGACUGAGCAUAUUUUCAAGGAGAGGGCCAUUUGUGUCCUCUGCUGUGCUAAUAUAAACCUCUGCAUUUUUUCUACAUCUUUUAAUCCAUAUAUGAAGCUACAAAUAUAUGAAUAUUUGUAAUGUGUAUGACAUUUAUGUCUUUUUUAUGUCAUUUUUACACAAUUUUGUACUACACUAUUCUUCCUUAAGUGGAUAAUUCAAAGACAUAAAAUUACUCAAUUAUUAUUUACCAGCAAAUAGUCUUUGGCAAUUAUGCUGUUGCAAAUAAUGCACCCAAGAAUGUAUAAAGUCACAUCAGUGCUCUCUGUGAUUGCAAACACUCUAUACAUGUUUGGUUAGUUCAAAGUACUGCAAGAGAUUAUAUUCAGUUAAGAUUGAUUUCAGUAGUUGUCAUAACAAGAAAAAAAUGUCCAUAUCAGUUUUGUUUUUCUUCAUUACCAAACAAUGCAGCUGACUUGUACAACUGAUGCCAAAGAUUUCACAGGUGGACAUCUUUGAAAAGACUGUUUGCACUUUACAUUGUAAAAAACAAGAAUCUGUCCUCUCACGCCUUGUAAAAUAGCAACAUUUUAUCAUUUGACAUGAUGUUAAUUCAAAUAAAAUCAAUAUACUCUAA